AUGUCCAACGCCGAGCUCGCAACCUCUUACGCUGCCCUCAUCCUCGCGGAUGACGGUGUCGAGAUCACCGCCGACAAGCUCCAGUCGCUCAUCUCCGCCGCCAAGGUCCCCGACAUUGAGCCCAUCUGGACUUCGCUCUUCGCCAAGGCCCUCGAGGGCAAGGAUGUCAAGGAGCUGCUCCUGAACGUCGGAUCUGGAGGUGGUGCUGCCGCCGCCCCAGCUGCCGGUGGUGCUGCUGCUGCUGGUGGCGCCGCCGCCGAGGCUGCCCCAGAGGCCGCCAAGGAGGAGGAGAAGGAGGAGUCCGACGAGGACAUGGGCUUCGGUCUCUUCGACUAA